GCUUAUAGACAGCUCACUGCGCAUGUGAAUAACAUUAGCUUCUGUCUAAUCAAAUAUAUGCGAGAUGGGAAAAAAAUUGUACAAUAAUGUAAUGUUCUGCAGAAAAUGGAUGUUUCAAAGUUUCACCUCUCAUUAAAAUGAAUGGCUGAGUGCAUCCCUGAUCUUCAGAUUCCUGAGUAAAAUGAUGUUCUGUAUAAUGCACCACAACAAUCAACAAGGGCUUUUAAUGAAGAAACAACAUAGCAGGUGUGAGGUUUGAUGAUACAAACAACUCUAGCUGUGUCUAAUACAAGAUAAAUGGCACUCAUCAAGAAACGUGUUUUUUCUCUGUCAGCAUCACCCAAACAACUCACACAGAGUGUGUAUGAUUUCUAAAUAUCUUGUCCUGCUCUGUGUCUGCCAGAUGGCUUAUGUAACUGAGAUCAGACUGAACGGAGGUCGGGGCGCCUGGAGCAGAGUGGCUCCCUCCUCCUGCCCGGAGGUGGACCUGGAGGUCAUCGAGGAAUACUUGCAGGAGCACUCACUGGAGGUCCAGCCUGCGCACACAUCUGCUGCACCUCCAUCCACCAUGGGGCAACAAAUGCACACACACUCCCACCAGAGCACCAGGAUCAUAGAGAACAGCUGGUCAGGUCAGCAUCCAUAUGAGUGGCAUUGUGGCUCUCACACUCCUAAUGAGGAAUAUGAAGAGCAAGCACUGCCUCCCACCUGGCCUAGUCCCCAUGACAACCAAUGGGACCACAUUGCGUAUUACUACGAGGCACCUGCAUACAUUGACUCAGACUCACUGUCCAGUAGCUCCCAGUACCAGGAAUACCAAGAUCCCCCAUCACCAAUGUCUGACAGGGGUGGCAGGAAUGACGGAGACUCUCUGCCUCUUGCCCCACUUUCAGGAAAGAGGAAGGAGCGGUUGUUCCAGUUCCUGUUCGAGAUGCUCCAGACUCCAUCGAUGCGUAGCUGCAUCUGGUGGGUCCAAUCCCCCUCUGGCACGUUCCAGUUCUCCUCCCAAAACAAGGAGUGCCUGGCCCAGCUGUGGGGACGGCGAAAAGGUAAUCGCAAGACCAUGACCUACCAGAAGAUGGCCCGGGCGCUGAGGAACUACUCCCGCACCGGUGAGAUAAAGAAGGUGAAGCGGAAGCUCACCUACCGGUUUGAUGAGAAGACACUGAGGGGCCUACAAGGAAACUCUAUUACAGUGUAGGAAACGUGAUGAAGAGUGUAUAUAUGCAGAGAAAUAGAAUAAGCACAAUGGAUAUUUAGAUGGUUGUCCCAUUAAAGUGUAACUUCUCCCCCAGGUCUGAGAGCAGAUAAGAGGGCGUUAACAUUAUUAGUUCUAAUACAUUUUAUGCUACAGAUAAGUCCCAACCUGUCGACUAUGUCAACAUUGGCCUUGUGAGGGUUAGAGCGGAUAUAACAUGGAUGAUGAUGCGUGUUGUGCCAGUUUCGUCCCAUGAAAUUCAGAUUUUCACAAAUCUAUUAAGAAAUGUCAUUAACACAAGCCUUUCUUUUUUUUCAUCCCAGUAAAGUCUUAUAUUUAGUGUUCAGCUCAAAAAACAUUGUCAAUGUCCUUUCUUUUGAUUCUAUUUCUAUGCCAUGUCGAAACAAAUGAGUACUAAGUAUUUGAAAAGCUAGACGAUGAAACACUGUAGGUCAGACUGGCAGUAAAACAUAUGUAAAUCUAAAAGGUUAUCACAUAAUAUCUACUUUAUAAGUAGAACUUAAAUCCUUCUUAAAAUGAAGGCGUGUUUCCUGAUUUUGUGAGAUAUAAGAAAAUGUUGAGACAUGUAUAAACAUGUGUUUGUGUCAAGUUGUAUUAAGAUGAAAUAAAAUAAAAUAUUUUCAGAAUACCUGG